CUAGAUUUCCUCAAAUAUUGACGUAAGUUAUGACAUGUCUACUUUACAGUAUGUUACGAUGACAUUAUGAUGAAAAAACGGUAAACCAUGUUUUUAGCUAUGUGAUAAUCAUGAGACCAGUUUUUACCCAGCAACUGUGAAAAAUUAGAUCUCCAAAUAACGUGCUCGGUUUAUCUGUUUAAUCAUAUUAUAUAUUUACUUCUGUUGUCUUAACAUACCUUUCACAUUGAAAAAACAAAACGUAUCUCGACGUCCAAAAUGGCAGAAAAUUCAGCUGGUGAUUUCUAUCGAGAACUUGAUAACUUUAGAUUACAUAUGCCGGGAAGACAUAUUGUUCCAUUUGCUGAUAAUGAAAGUCUACUUAAGAUGCUUCGCUGCCAGUACCCAAACUGGGAAACAAACGGAAAAGUAUCGUCAGUUCCCGUAGCUAGAGUUCCUAGGCUGUUCCUACAAAACACGCAGAUGUCCAAAAAGCUGCAGAAUGAUCUAAAACCUUUGCAGACAGGAGAGGUGGGCGAAAUUAAAAUUUACAGACUGCUUUUAGAAGCUGCAGAUCCUGAUCAGAAAGGUAUGAUGGUUUUCCCGAAUGUGAAUCCACGAGAAAUUUUCAAGAGUGAAAGUGCGCACGUUGAAAUUGACAUUGUUGUCGCUCAUCCGGCCAAAGGCUUCUUUGUGUUUAAUAUAAAGAAUCAGGGAGGGAAAGGAUCGUCGCCAGAGAAAAUACAAAAAGACAUUAAGCGUCACGGCCAGUUCGUUCGAAGUUUGAUGCAAUAUGGCCAUGCAAAAUUGGUACAUUCCAUUCCGAUACACUCUGUGAUUUGCUGGCUGCAUGAUGACAACAAAAAAAAGUUUGAUUCAAUCAGGAAUCCAGAAGGUCAUAAUUUCAUUUUUAGUAGAAGUGAACUAAAUCCAGAUACAUUUGCAUCAGAGUGGUUUCGAAUUUUAAAGUGGUUUCGAGAAGAACUUCCAGAUUUAAACACAGAAGAAAAGACUUAUUUCGAGAUAACAGUUGCGCGGUUAGUAACUCUGAACUCUCUCGAAACUUCUGCUGCUCUAAUCCAUGAUCAAUUGGUAACCAACUACAUGCAGGCUACCAACAAGAACAAAGGCCAGUUUAAUGACCCUAGAUUUGACCCUGAUGCAAAACCACUUCUCGAAAUUGCCUCUAGGUUGAAAAGAAGGCAAAGUGAAAACAAUUCUGCUGGCUUGCUGGGUAAAUACUCAAAAGAUGAAACCAUGAGAAUUCAAACAGAAUCAAAUAAAAACGUUGACAAUGAGAAAACAAAAAGUGAUUAUUCGACUUCCGACAGCAACCGUGUUGCCAAACUGGAGUUAAAAAAGAAUCAUGGAGAUGAAGUCAAGCGCGAAAGAGGAGAACGUUUCAUAAUUUGGACAGAAGAACAGCUGAAUAUAAUUGCGAAAGUGGUUGAUCAUCUACGAAACCCGACGGAAAAAGGAUACUUGAGGUUAAUUGUGAGAGGCUGCAAAGGAUCAGGCAAAACGAUGCUGCUGGUUUUUUUAGCCAGAAUUGCCAAGCAGAUUUUUGCCUCAAUUUCCGGGGAUAGUUCUAAUCGGAAUGAUGUGUGUGCAUUGAGCGGCAGACUUGAACAUGCUGUGCUGACAGAAAUGUUGAAGCAACUUCUCAACCAACAUGGCGUUCCAGUUUACGACCCAUCAGUAUCAGGAGUGGGUGUGCGUGUGACCUUUGCGAUGUCCUGUGGCUACUUCCUGCAUGACCUGGUGGAGAUGAUGAGACACUGGCACGCAUUCGGCAGAAGGUCCGAAAUGGCACACCAUCUAGUCUCUCUCACAGGCACCCUGUACAUCACCCUCUCCGGUCAGAUCCCAUAUGCCAGUUCGAUCCAGUUGCUCCACGAAUUAUCCACCCCCAUAGUCAGUCUCCGCUGGUUCCUCCUCACAGCCGGAAUAGGCAAGAGUAGAAAAAGGUAUAUUUUAUCAAGUUGCAACUAA